GACUGUGGCCACUAAGCAUUGCAACAGAAAUAUAGAGGAGCUGGAUUCGGCCAACGAAGAAAAAAAAUUUUAAACUAAAAAAAAAAGAAAAAAAAAGCAAUCUUUCUGUCUCCCUCUCUUUCUCUCUCUAUCCUAUAAAAAAGGUCUACUUUUAAACCGAGCAAUCACGAGUCACCCCUGAAAUCUCUGCCUCUGAAUUCAUCUUUUCUACUGCCCAAACGACCUAAUCCUCCUGAUCCUAUCAGAAAUAACCGUGAAAAUCUGCGUACCCCUUCUUCUUUCUUUAUCUGGAAAAUCUGCAUUUUUUCAUGAAUUUUCUUUUUCUUUUCCUUUUGCUCUGCUUACACUUCUUGAAACCAUGAAGCUCAAACAUAUGUCUUUGUAUAUGCUUCGUGAUCGUUAUGGAGUUUUCAUUGGUUUAUUACAGCUUUGAUACAAACUAGUAUGUUUAUGACUGAUAUGGAAAAAUGCCAUCUUGUUCUUCUUGUUCCUCGUUUUCUCUCAGAUAACAUUAAUGGAUGUUCUCGGAUUCCAUUCCCAUCCUACUUUUCCUCCUUGUUUUGAUAAAUUCAUGAAAACCCGUAUCUUUUUUCCAUUCUUUUUCCAUACCCAUGUUUUUGAAUCAGUUCAUGCAUUUCCUAAAAUCAAUUCACACAUUCAGAAGGAAAAUUCCUUUUGAUUGUUUGUUUUGAUAAAAACUCUCUUUUUUGUUUUUUCUUUCUUUCUUUUUCCUUUCUAAGAUUCAAUCUUAUACCCAAUUUUCACAUUAAAAAAAAAAAAAAGUGGGGGGCUUUUAAUAAGCUCAAAAUUAGAACUGAAAAAAUGGCGGGUUCAUGCUUUCAUGCACUUCGUCUUAGAAGGUCGAAGAGCAAGCCUUUGCCAGUUCCUUCCACUUCGAAAACCAAGCUGAAUUCUGACAUGGACAAUUUAGAGAGGAAAAGGUUUGAUAGCUUGGAAUCUUGGUCUAUGAUAUUGGACUCUGAAAAUGUGGAAACUUGGGAACCAUCGAAGGAGGAUCAGGAGGAGUGGACCGCUGAUCUUUCGCAGCUUUUUAUCGGCAACAAAUUCGCUUCAGGAGCACAUAGUAGGAUUUACCGUGGAAUUUACAAGCAGCGAGCUGUUGCUGUGAAAAUGGUAAGGAUUCCAAACCAGAAUGAGGAGACCAGAUCCUUACUUGAACAGCAAUUCAAGUCUGAAGUUGCUCUGCUUUCGCGACUCUUUCAUCCAAAUAUAGUGCAGUUUAUCGCAGCUUGUAGAAAGCCUCCUGUCUACUGUAUCAUCACAGAAUACAUGUCUCAAGGAACGCUGAGGAUGUAUCUAAACAAGAAGGAGCCAUACUCACUUUCAACAGAAACAAUACUCAGGUUAGCUCUUGACAUAUCCCGAGGAAUGGAAUACCUUCAUUCGCAAGGGGUUAUCCACAGGGACCUCAAAUCCAAUAACUUGCUUCUUAAUGAUGAAAUGAGGGUUAAGGUAGCAGAUUUUGGUACGUCGUGUCUUGAAACACAAUGCCAGGAGACCAAGGGAAACAAGGGAACUUAUCGUUGGAUGGCACCGGAGAUGAUCAAGGAGAAAACUUAUACUAGGAAAGUUGAUGUUUAUAGCUUUGGGAUUGUGCUAUGGGAGCUCACAACCGCUUUGCUUCCCUUCCAAGGAAUGACCCCAGUGCAGGCUGCAUUUGCUGUGGCUGAGAAGAACGAGCGGCCUCCAGUGCCAGCUAGUUGCCAGCCUGCACUCGCACACUUGAUGAAGAGAUGCUGGGCAGCAAACCCCUCGAAGCGGCCUGAUUUCAGCGACAUUGUGUCCACUUUGGAGAAGUAUGAUGAGUGUGUGAAGGAGGGUCUUCCUCUUCCUCACCACUCAGGGCUGGUCAGCCGGAAUGUUAUUCAACGCUUGAAAGGCUGUGUAUCUAUGAGCUCCUCCAUACUUGUACAUGCCUGACACAAUAAAAGAUUCAAGGUGUACUCUUCUGUUUACUUUUUCAAAUUAAAUGUGCAAUAUCGACUGCUUGAUCUUCAUAUGUUUGAUUGGGAUUUUAUCUCCUUACAACAAAACUCAUACAUGGCAAAUGUUUGGGCUCUUCACAAAAUCUAUUGUCUUACCGGAUUGGAUUGGGGCAUAA